UGGAUUUUACUCAUUCAUCAUUCGCACUUCGCAGCCAGCAAACAUUCCCUCUCAAAUCAAUUCUGGUCCUAUGAUCGUCGUGUGAUUAAAUUCUUUUGCACGCUGCAAUUAUUUCAGAAAUCUGAAAAACUUUGAAACUUUGUAGUUUGAGAGACACACUCUUCUGAAGAGUCUCUUCAACGGUGGACAAAAAAAAGUAAUAAUGACGACGAUGGACCUCGAGGUUGACAGUACGAAAGAGAUGGGCUCAUCAUCAUUGUCCUCAACAGAAGUCAAUAAUGAGUCAAUUGAAUCCACUCCUUCUUCAACAACAAGUCAGUUAGAGCAUGUCACGCCAGCCAAGGAAGCGGUCAAGGCGAAGGGAGGAGGAGAACCUGCUGUCCCCGGAAUAAUCAACAAACAAGAGAGCGAGGAAGACGAUGCCUUCUGCUGGCGAAAGUUCCUAACGGUCAACUCUGACUAUGCCUUGGAGGCUGCACCGGUCUUUGACUUUGCUGGGGCACCCCUGAAAGAUAAGUGGGAUCAAUUUACGAUUUCUGAUUUGAAGAUCGAGUAUUUAGUGGAGAAGAAUUUGACAACAGCUACCAAGACCUAUGAUAAAGUUUUCUGGGUUGGAAACAUUCGAAAGUAUUUCGGAUAUUUGGCCAAGGUGGAGGAUGAAGGAUAUCCAGCAACAGGUAAAGAAAUUCCAUAUCAAUGGAUGAACUUUGUGAAAGACUGUCAUGGGAUUGGAUAUUGUGCCUCGUUGAAAUCGUUGAAUGCAGCUCUAAUUCCUCCACUUCAAAUCCUAAAGUCCGAAAUGGACUGGCGUUCUUGCAUUAUAACUCGAGCAAGGAACCAGUUAACAAUUCAUCCGCUUGUUGCUGAAACGUUUAAACUUGAAAUGAAUCUUGGUUUCAAACCUGGAACUGCUGUUGAAAUCUUGGAUAAGUCAAACAUGUCGAUGAUGAAAGAAGGAACUAUAACCGAUGUGAAAGGAACGCGUGUUUUUGUACGAUACUGGGACGCCUUGGACCCGAAAAAUACUUCCACUUCCGGACUUUGGUGUGACAUUCGAUCUUUCUUGGGUGCACCUGUCCCUCCUGGCUGGACCAAGAGCAUUGGCCACGAAAUAUUAGGUCACGAAGGAUACGACCCGAUACCGUUGAAUGAGAAUUUUUUUGAUGAAACCAACGAGGAUGAAGAUGAAACCGACGAUGUUCCUGUACUUCAAGAAGUUGGGAUGAAAUUAGAAACUAUUGACCCAUACAAUCUGAACUACAUUGCAGCAGCAACAGUAGUCAAAGUUCUCAAAUUUGGUCACAUGGUGAUUUCCAUCGAAUCCCCUACGAAUAUUACUGGAGAAAAACUGGCAGGGGCUCAGCAGAACCUGUAUUUGUGCCAUAUCUCAUCGCCGCAUAUUUUUCCGUGUGGUUUCACAAACGAAGUUGGAAUUGAAUUGAUUCCACCAGCAGAUCGUCCUUCUCACGAUAAACCAUUCAUCUGGAAAGACUAUUUUGAGACGACUGGAUCCAAACCGUUGGCUAUUAAAAAAUCAUCUGAUAUUCCCCAAACUGGAUUUUCAAUCGGGCACAAAUUAGAAGCUGCGAAUUUUUCGAGCAUUCAACCAGCUACGGUGGUGGACAUCAAAGGACCCCUUCUCCGUAUUCGGAUUGAUGGAUCGGAAGAAGGAACUGAUAAAUGGAUGCACUAUGAAUCGUUUGAUUUGUACCCUGUUGGAUGGUGCGACUUGUUAGAAUAUCGACUAACUGGGCCUAAGAAGGACUCUACGUUCUGGAAAAAAUACAAGCAUCCCAGCCAGUUCAAGCCAACUAUACUCAGCCGAGCCCGCAUUCUCCCACAACUGGAAUUGUCUAAUGAUGCUGCAAAAAAAGGGAUGAAGCGAAAGUCGGCAGAGCUGUAUGACACUGCCGUUUUCAACUGUGACGUUAUGAAAGCGGAUGCCAUCAAAUUGGGACCCAAACCAAAAGUUUUACGAAAAUCAACAGUUGAGGAGGUACGUGCUAUGUUGAAAAAUAAGAAGACUUCUCAUGCUACUGAACAUUAAGGAUUUCUUUAAAGUCUCACUACAUAUCCAUUAUGUAAACACAGCUUCCUUCUUAUUUAUAUGACCAAAUGUAACUUCGUAUUUUAGAUAUUACUGUCAUUUUCUCUUGUAGCUUUAUUUUACCAUUUAGAUAGGUCAGUUGCAUGAAUUAUUCACCUUAUGUUACGUUUAGUAACUCGGUUUGAGUUAGGUGGGAUUUUUUUAUAUCUUUGUUUCAAUUUUCUAACGAUAACACCAGUUUAUGUAACUCAUUUAUUGGCUCUUCUAAAUACAGUAACAUUAUCUUAAACCUGAA